AAUCCAAUAUAAGUGCCUGGAACAUGUAAAGUGUAAGAUACCUACACAGAGAACGUAGUCUCCGAUACCCAAAUUAAGCAUCGUCCUACACAGCUACACUAGCUACUCGCAGGACGUAACUGUAUGUGCAACCUUCAGAAACGAGAUCCAAUCAAGCUCCGUCCAAACUCACAUGGCCGCCGACGACGAGUCGUGUACCCACGACAUGAAGAAGCUGCUGAUGGCACCACAUCCACAUGGCGCCAGCGGUAGCAACAAGGCACCUGCCCCGUUGGUCGACAAAACCUUGUGCUGCGCCUGCGACAUCAUCAAGCUCCUGCCGACCGGCACUGUCAUGGCCUUCCAUGCGCUGGCGCCGUCCUUCAGCAACCACGGCGUAUGCGGCACAGCCAGCCGGUACCUUACCCUCGCGCUCAUCGGCGCUUGCACUGCCUCCUGUUUGCUGCUCUCCUUCACCGACAGCAUGGUCGGCCAGGACGGGCGGCUCUACUAUGGCGUCGCCACGCCGCGGGGCUUCUACCCGUUCAACUUCGACGGGACAUGCGACGAGCGGAGGCGCAGGUUCGGCGACAUUCCCAGGAUGAAGAUCAAGGCGCUCGACUUCGUGCACGCGCUCGUCUCCGCGGUCCUGUUCGUCGUGGUGGCCCUAGGCAACGCCGGCAUACAGAGCUGCCUGCUCCCGGACAUUGGGCCGGACGCCAGGGAAGUGCUCAUGAACCUUCCGGUGGGACUAGGGUUCCUGUCCAGCAUGGUGUUCAUGAUCUUCCCAACAACCAGGAAGAGCAUCGGCUACACGGACUUGAUGCCUCAUCAACAAGAAGACGAUGGGAAACGAAGCCAUAAUAAUGCCGUAUAAAGAAAAAGAAAUAUCCGGUUGAUUAUUAUCAAUGUACCAAUAUCCAAUAAUAACCAUGGUUUUCACUACUAAAGGAAGGUUAAUCACGGUGCCACUUUCACGGCCGGUUUGGUCCUAACCGGCGGUAAUAUUCAUCACCAGUUCAUAUUACUGCCGUUAGUGAAAUUAUUUUUUACCGUAGGUUUUUGUGUUACAAACCGUAGGUAAAAAUAGGAGCGAUUAUCAUUGCCGACGAGUAGCACCAACUGGUGGUGAUAACUUAUCAUUGUUAUCUCAGCUUAUGUUAUCAACUGGCGGUACUGGUCGACUAAUUUUCACCGCCAGUCAAAUUUACUU